AUGAAGGGAGUCCAGCAAGAUUUGGUCUUAGGGUCCCAAAUAGAAGGAAUCAAGAAUUUCAAGUGGUUGAUUCCGUGUGAAUUAAAGGCUCCACCAGUAAUCGGGUCAACCCGAAUUCUACCAGUGAAACCUGGAAAAGCUCCGGAUCCAAAAACCCGAGUGCACUUGGUUGCAGGGUCCACAAUAUACAUUGACGAAGAUUCAUGGUUUUUCUUUACGUCAUCGUUGUACGGUGUCGUCUCAGAUUUGAAUAAGGACUUGGUUAGAUCUGGAUUGGUGGCCAAAUCGGCUAAACCGGUGGCUAGCUGA